AUGGACAUGAUGGAUAUCGACUCGGACGAGUCCUCGGAUGAGUUAAGCCGUAUUUGCUGCGUCUGCUCAGGAAUCACGGCCCAGGCCUUGACAUCGACUGGAGGUUAUCGCCAUGUAUCAAGCCGGGUUGACCUAGCGAAGAUGCAACCCUACUGCGAUCUGUGCAAUAUUCUGUCUCACCAGAUCUGCCCAAGUCCCACCAGCGUCUUUAACAAGUACAGAGUUGGCAACAUUAGGAACCUGCGACUUGGCACUAGAAGAUCGGGCAUACGUCAGAGCAACGUGGUCACCGUGACGAUUGAUACAGAUGAUGAGGGGACGUUGUCAGCCGAAAUUGAUAUUUUGGAAGUUUGGACGCCUCGUGGAGACCCAGCUGCAGCCCUCGGGCUCCCUGUGCUCAAUACACAUCUCACCAACACCAAGUCCACCGAGACUUUUCAGUUCAUCCAAGCAUGCCUAGAUGAGUGCAAUGCGCAUGAUUGUAAGUCUCCUCUUCGAUUGGAGACUUCGCAGUCAGCUCCGUCUCGACUUCUGGACGUCGACAACACAGUCCGUCUCAUCGAUGUUGGGAAGGUCUGCCCUCCCUACGUAGCCCUGAGCCACUGCUGGGGAACCAAUCUGUCACAGUAUAUGACUGUCUGGGCGAAUUUGGCUCAGAAGAAAACUAGCAUUGAUUGGAAUGCUUUGACACCAACGUUCCGCGACGCUAUCGAAAUCACCCGCCGUCUGAAGUUGCGCUACAUCUGGAUCGAUGCCCUGUGUAUCGUACAAGAUUCCAAAGAAGACUGGGCCAAUGAGUCGGUGAAAAUGGGCGACAUCUAUCACAAUGCAUUCAUCACAGUCUCAGCAAGCCAUGCUCGGGACGGGUUCGGUGGCUGUUUCAACGCCCAGAGCGCCGUUGGACUGGGAGAAACCUUUAUCACUAUCACCAACCAGGACCAGUCAGGCCAAGAAUCGUCCGUCAUCUUGACCAGUACCUUGUCAUCCGAUCCUCCCCGUGUAGUAGAGAAUAGCCCGAUCAACAGUCGUGGCUGGGUUUAUCAGGAACGCAUUCUCUCGCCUCGGAUCGUUCAUUUUGCCUCAACCCAAGUCGUCUGGGAAUGCCGCAAGACCUACCGUCUCGAGAACCUCAGGCCAAUGGUCUUACCCACAAUUCCUUCUAUGAUUCUCCGGCCAGACACCGUGGACAGCGCUGUUAUGGCUGAGCGGUGGCACAGAGGAAUUGUCGAGACGUACUGUAGGCGGGCGUUUACCAGAUAUGACGACCGACUGGUAGCUCUUGCGGGAAUUGCACAGAUCUAUCAACUGCACAUCAAAGACCAAUAUCUGGCCGGAUUAUGGGAGUCUCAUCUUGCGUACGGGCUGUCCUGGGGACACACCCAAAGACCAAAUCACAAGCCCCAGGGUCGGCGACACCCAAGCUGGACGUGGGCGUCGCAAGAUGGAGAAAUCAGAUGGUAUCCCAUCUCCCACUUUGCUGCCGAUGCCGGGUUCUCUCUAGUGGCUAACAACCUUGAUUUUGAGCUGAUGGCUAGGAAGGAGUUUAGUCCAGUCAAGGGCGGUUACAUCACUAUCAAAGGCCGAGUUGCUCGAGUUACUCGAAUAGACCCCCUCCAAGUCACAGCUUUUGGAGAGGUUGACUUUUACCUGGGAAACAUUGGAGGAAAAUUCUUUGCGGACGAGCUGCUAGAAUUGCCGCACAUCUCAUCAAAGCUACCAGAAGUGCUGGCUCUUGCGCUCGGGCAUGUGGAUGACUUCGCCUCACAAAGUACGCGAGUCCUCGUGUUAGUGAGUGGUGGGCUCGGGAGCUCAGCCUAUUCGAGAGUAGGGUAUGGAAUAGUAAAUGGGUUUGGAAGUACGGCAGCUUGUGUCGAGUUCUGGGCUAAGCAAGCACCGCAGCAGCUUGAUCUUUACUAG